AUGACCAAGAUUAGGACGAGAAAAGAAGCCCUAAGCCUAAAGCUACCCGCUUUGGCUAUUGUCUGGCACAGAAGAAGUACCAACAAAUUCCGUCUCGCCAUGAUCGAAAAUUUCGACAUAAUUUCGCAGCCGGUUUAUAAAGUCAUUACGGUGAGUUAGUGAUGUGAUGUGAUGUAUACAAAAAAGCAACUGAAAAAAAAAUUUAAGACGCACCAGUUCGAUCAGGAAUGGAAAGACCAGGUCCAUCGCUCACUUCGCAAUCUGUGCUCACGUCGUCGUUGCACGUAUCGAGGUGGACCAGAACGUAGAACGACGUUGCGGUGCACAGUAAACGAGCAUUUGUUCGUCAUCAUCAUUAACAACCGCAACGACAAAAAUGCAAAGCCCGAACCUGAGUAA